CACGUAUUGAGUAGUGUUUGUGAAGUGAGAGUAGUGUUGAAACAGUGUUUCCAAAGCAGUGUUUAAAAGGCUUUGAAAAGUGUUUUUGUUUUGUUUUAUUGACUAAAAAACGCCAUUUUUGGCCACUUUUACCACUUAUCACAUGAUUUGAUCCACUCUUCACUUAACACACUAUCACUGGAUUUAACGAUAAAGUGAUCGCUCAUGUCAUAAGCACUACAAUGAGCACCAAUUCUUCGGCUCCGACCAGUUGUAAGAUAACGGCAGACAUGGAUGGCGUGACCAAUGGAUCCGCGACCACGACCUCCGCUAUCCCUCAACACCACAACAAAUCCAACACCACUUCAAACAACACUUCUAACACAUCCAACACCAGCAACGACUUCGACUUCAUCUCUCCUCCCGAUUGUCCCGUCUUUUACCCGACAGAAGAGGAGUUCGCUUCGGGACCUCUGGAGUACAUCUCGAAGAUCAGACCCGAAGCCGAACCGCACGGCAUCUGCAAAAUCGUUCCGCCAAACUCAUUUCAGCCGCCAUUUGCAGUGGCCGUCGAAGAGUUCCGGUUUACGCCUCGCAUUCAAAGACUCAAUGAAUUGGAAGCGACGACAAGAAUUAAACUCAAUUUCAUUGAACAGAUCGUCAAGUUCUGGGAUUUACAGGGCGCCUCCUUUAAGAUACCAAACAUCGAGAGACGUUCUCUAGACUUAUAUAACUUACACAGAAUUGUCGGAGAAGAGGGAGGCUUUGAGAUUUGCACCCGAGAUAGGAAGUGGUCGCGUGUGGCCGCACGUAUGGGCUACGGAAAUAACGCCUCAAACAGAGGAACAAUAGCAUCACUACUACGACAACAUUACGAGCGAAUACUCUUCCCAUACGAUGUGUUUCAAAGCGGUGCCACUAUUGGACCCAUUGAUAGCGACGAGAAAUCUGUGUCUUUUUCAUCAGAUGAUGACAAUGAAGACAAGAAACUCUUAAAGUCAUGCAAUGAUAAUAAGGACACGACUCCUGAGAAGCGUGUCUUAAGAAGACAAUCGAUUUCGCCUCAAAACCAGAAUUCAUUACUAACUUCUCCCAACUCUAACAAUAAAGAACUGAAGAAACUUCAGGUAUACGGCGCCGGACCUAAAAUGCCCGGAUAUGUGUCCGAACACACAGAAAAAGAGCAUUCGAUUAAAGUGUGUCUGCAUUGCGGAGAAACCAAUCCGACGCCAAUGCUGUUGACGUGUGACAACUGUACAAACACUUAUCACACACAUUGUCUUAUUCCUCCACUCAAUGAUUGGCCCAAAGGUGUUUGGCACUGUCAUCGAUGUCUGGCACUAUUAGUCCAAUCAUACCCUCAGCCCUACACUCAAGAGUUUGGUUUCGUUCAGUCGCAGAAGAGCUAUACUUUGAGUGAAUUCGGAGAAAUGGCCGAUCAGUUCAAAGCCGACUACUUUAAUUGUCCCCCACAUUCUGUCACCCAUUCUCUGGCGGAGAAAGAGUUCUGGCGUUUAGUGUCAGCCAUUGAAGAGUCGGUUACCGUUGAAUACGGAGCGGAUUUGCACACAAAUGAUUACGGAAGUGGUUUUCCCACUAAAUUGUCCAAAAAUUUAUUGCCUUCAGAUAUGGAAUAUGUAAAUCAUUUAUGGAAUCUAAAUAACAUCCCAAUCCUUGAGGGCAGUGUAUUUCGACACAUAAACGCUAACAUAAGCGGAAUGAUAGUGCCCUGGAUGUAUGUGGGCAUGUGUUUCGCCACAUUCUGCUGGCAUAAUGAGGACCACUGGACCUAUUCUAUCAAUUACCUCCAUUGGGGAGAACCCAAGACAUGGUAUGGCGUUCCCGGAGAACACGCCGAGACAUUCGAGAGGGCUAUGAAGAGAGCGGCGCCCGAACUCUUCAAAUCGCAGCCCGAUUUACUCCACCAAUUGGUCACUAUUUGUAAUCCUAAUAUUCUAAUGCAAGACGGAGUGCCGGUGUAUCGAUGUAACCAAAAAGCGGGUGAGUUUGUGGUGACAUUUCCGCGUUCAUAUCACACGGGAUUCAAUCAGGGCCUCAACUUUGCCGAAGCGGUCAACUUUGCGCCAUCAGAUUGGCUGCCAAUCGGACGCGUUUGUAUCACUCACUACGCAAUGCUUCAUCGGUUUCCUGUGUUCAGUCACGACGAGUUGAUCUGUAAGAUGGCUAACGAUCCCAACCAUCUGGAAAUCACUCUCGCCGUCGAGACCUAUAAGGAUAUGCUUCGUAUGGUUGAGAGCGAGAAGUCGUCGCGUUUAGCACUACUCGAGUGGGGCGUCACUCAAGCGGAACGGGAAGCGUUUGAAUUACUUCAGGACGACGAACGACAAUGCGAUUACUGUAAAACCACUUGCUUUUUGUCGGCUCUCACCUGUGCUUGUGAUCAAACAAAAUUGGUUUGUUUGAGCCAUAAGGACAAUCUGUGCACAACAUGUUUGCCUCCACAGCACACACUCCGCUACAGAUAUACAUUGGAUGAGUUGCCCAUAAUGUUACACCAUUUGAGGAAAAGGGCCGAAAAGUUUGAUGACUGGGCCUCUAAAGUGCAGACUCUCCUUAAGAAAAUGGAGACCAACUCUAAUAAUAAUGAAUCAGAAGAAGAGACGAAAACUCCGACUCUUAAAGAGCUAAAGACACUGUUGAACGACGCGGUGGUUAACAAAUACCCGACAAAUUCGGAAAUAUAUGAAAAUUUGAAUACAAUAGUAACCGAAGCGUCAAAGUGUUCGCGUGCGGCGAAGGAUCUGAUCCGACAGCAAGAGAUGCUCCGCAAACAACAACUGACUGCUGGACCGCAACAAUUGCCGUCACCCGUGAAACGUACCCUACGGUCAACCGCUGGGCGUAACGCUAACCGGCUAUCCGAUAGCGUUAACGUUAAGUUGACGUUAGAAGAGAUCAGUUUGUUUUACGAAGAGAUUGCAGACCUUCAGUGCGAAAUACCCGAGAAGUAUGCGCUGAAGCAACUGAUCGAUAGAUGCAAUUCAAUCGCUUCGUCUAUUAUGAGUGUUUUGGACGCCAACAACACUAAAGAGACCAACGAAGCCCUCAAAUCAUCGGAUUUAGAGGCAGUUCUUUUCGACGCUCAGGCGAUAGUUGUUGUCGACUUUGGAACACAACUCGAGUCCUUUCGACACAAACUCGAAGAGAUUCGUUGGUUAGAAGAAUGCGAUCACAUCCUCAUUGAGGACGUGAAACCUGAGAACCAAAAGAGAUUUGAUAUAACAAACAUUAAAACACUGAUUGAAAAUGGGAUGAAAUUAGCGGUAAAUACAGAAAAUAUAAACUCAAAACUUAAUGAAUUGCAGCAAAUGGUCGACGAAUCUAAUAAAUGGAUCGAAAGAGCGAAUAAUUGUUAUAUUAUUAAAAAUGAAGACAAAUCUGAAGCCGAUAACAAUGGAAGCAAACCUACGCUUGAAUUUUUGGAAUCGCUUAUCAAUGAAACGGAAAGCAAUUCAAGUCUUAGACGACUGAAUCUUUCGCCACAAAUUGACAAAAUCCGAGAGAGUAUAGGAAAGGCUCGCAAUUGGAUAAGUAAAGUGAAUGGCAUUUUUGGUAACGAUAGUCAAAAGCAUGCCUUAAAGGUCUCAUUAAGUAAUGCCAACUCAGGAGAGGCGCCGAUGAUUGAAGCGGUUGAGGAGUUGGUUGUGUCGGCCAAUACUAUUGACUGUCAAUUAACACAUUUAUCAAAUCUAAACUCAACUAUCAAUUCGGCUCGUAAUUGGAGGGAACGCUUGAACCGAACGUUCACUAAGAAGAGUCCCUUAUAUACAAUCAUUCAAAUAUUAAGUCCCAGAAUCACUUCAAUGGGUCAGUCGUCUGACAGCACAUUCUCUUCGCGAACAUUAUAUCAUUACUUAAAGCGGAUGUCAUCUCAAACACAGCCCAAAGAGCGUAAGAAUAGCGCAUCAAAUGCCAAGACUUCAUCCAAAAGUAUUUUCGAAACCCAACUGAACGGAGAGUAUUCGCGAACACAUAUCGUAGCGCUCUAUAAGCUGUUCGAAGAACAAGAACUCAAUCACUUGCGAGUCCUUCGCAAACGAAACUCAGCCAAAAGACUCUAUUUGGAAGAAAAGGCAUCCGAUUUAGUGACAGACACUUCAGAUGCCGCACAAGAAGAGCCUCAAGAGGAGACCAAACCAUCGUUUAAAUUCUGCAUUUGUGGUAAAGAGGAGAACGAUUGGAUGAUUGAAUGUCAGUUGUGUUACGAUUGGUUUCACAACACAUGCAUUCAAAACACGCAAUCCGUUUAUAUGAGGAAAAAACAACAAAUGAGUCAAACAUUGGCCAACGAUUGGCCGCAACCGCAGCAACAAAUGAACAACUUUAUAUGCGAUUUAUGUUCGCGCGGACGACGACCUAAAGUGGAAAUUAUUUUGACGCUAUUGUGUUCACUACAGAAACUGCCGGUAAGACUACUGGACGGCGAACUUCUCCAGUGUUUGGCCGAACGCGCCAUCAAUUGGCAGAACAGAGUUCGCGAAGCCAUUCAAUCGCAUCCAGAUUUAGACAAUGCUUACAAUCGUGCCCUCAAAUUGCAAACCGAUUCAACGCUUGAUUUGUCACAAACAACACAAAAGAGAGAGGAGUUGGCGGCCGAAGAGGCCACCGCUCAGGCAUUACUUCAGUUACAAAGAUCUCAACCAAUCAUUAGUCACUCAUCGGAAAUGCAUUCUCCGACCGCUUCCAACGCGGCUUCAAACGAGUCGAUGGCAUCUCCAGAACUCUCACCGAUGAAACACAAACGCAAAUCACCACUCAUUUUGAGGGUAGAGACGACAACUCAACCUCUCAUUGAAUUGAGUCCACAAUCUCUGGAACUGUUGUCAGAAUUGCUAUUUGAAGGCAAUUGUCUCGAAGUUAGUCUGGAAGAGACUUCUCAUCUUUGGCUCGUUUGGCAGUUAUCUCAACCCAAUCAUAGAAUUGUUUUGAGGAAUAACAACACCGAAGACCAAGAUUUUGAGACUAAUAAACGAAAGUCUAUUUCCGAUUCAAACGAUUUGGAGACACAAAACAAAAAGAAGAAACAAUUGAUCCCAAAGGAAAAAGUGGCUAAAAAUGGGGGCAAAAUGAGGAGAAACGGCAAAAAGGGUAAAUCCGAUGACACCGACGAACUCUGUUCGAUGAAAGACAAGUGUCUCAAACCCAACGUGGCUGAAGUGAAUUGGGUGUACUGUGAGGGCGAGUGCGAGGGAUGGAUUUGA